AUGGACAGGCAAAACAGUCGACUUCGGCGGACUCCCCGCAUACAGGAACCACAGGCACCACAGCUUCCUCUCGCACCGCGUCGACGAAGAUCGUGGCGAACAGGUCUGUUCGCUGUGUGUCUACUGUUGGGGAUUGCUUAUAUCCUAGAUACCCCUUUCGGGGCGUGGAUUGCACCAUUGAGAUCUGCCCAUGUACUCGAGGCGACAGUUAAAACCCGCCCGCACAUCGGCCUUCGCCCCGAGAAUCAUGUGUUUCGCCUGGCCCAAACGCAGCAUUUGGAUUGGCGGGUCACAUCGGAGGGUCGCAGACCUGACGGAGUUCUGAAGCAGGUCUAUCUGAUCAACGAUCUAUUCCCCGGUCCCACGAUCGAGGCUCGUUCGGGUGACACCUUGAUUAUCACUGUAACAAAUGCUUUGCGGGAAGACUCAAUUGCCCUCCAUUGGCACGGCCUACAUGUGGCCAAUGCGAUGGAUGGAGCUGCUGGGGUGUCACAGUGUCCCAUCCCACCUGGCGGCAAAUUUAUCUAUAAUGUCACGAUCCCGUCGGAUCAGAGCGGUACCUUCUGGUACCAUGCCCAUUCGGGUCUUUUGCGUGCCGAUGGUCUCUAUGGAGGCCUGGUGGUCCAUACGCCCGUUUCUCGGUCUACUGUACGAGGCAUGCUGUCGGGAAAUCGUGGAGAUGCCGUGCGUCUUCACUAUGAUGAGGAGAUUCUGCUUCUCGUCGGCGAUUGGUACCAUAGACCUGCGAAACAGGUUCUAGCUUGGUAUGAGAAUCCAGGAAAUUUUGGGAACGAGCCCGUACCGGACUCACUUCUCAUUAAUGGCAUCGGGCAUUUCGACUGCUCGAUGGCUGUUCCUGCCCGUCCGCUCGACUGUGUAGAACAGCAACUAGAUACUUCUUUUCUGGAUCUAGACCCGGGUAGAAGUUAUCGGAUCCGCGUGGUCAAUACUGGAGCUCUGGCUGGAUUCAGCAUGCUGUUUGACGCUCAGCUGGAGCCUGAGAUUGUUCAAGUAGACAGCGUGGAUGUCGUCGAACACUCUUCCGCCACUACUGGAAACUCCAUAGGGAUACUGCAUGCCGGGCAACGCAUGGAUAUGAUCCUUCGUUCGCCCGACAAUCCUAGGAACCGCUCUUCCAUGAUGGUCAAACUGGACCGAAGCUGUUUCAAAUAUGAGAACCCAGCACUUACACCAGACCAAAUCUUUCCCAUCUACGCACCGUCUCGAAAUACUGAAGACUCCCCCAUAGCAAUCCCCAUGAUCCAGCGCGAAAUCGACCUAGGAAACAUACCUUCUGUGGCAUCCAUUCUGAAAAAACUGCCCGAAACAGCAGACCAAAGACAUGUCGUGUAUACGAAGAUUCAGAAAAAGUCGAUGAACCACAACAUCCCCCAGGGCUUCUUCAACCAGACCGUCUGGAAAUCCCAACAAUCACCCCCAGUACCACUGAUAGGUCUUCCCCGUUCCCAAUGGGAUAGGAACCAGCUUUCCAUAUCCACGGGCCCCGACCCAGCAUGGCACGGGCAUCACUUUUAUGUCCUGACCGUCCAAGACCCCCAAUUCGGCUGGGGCUCCUACAAUCCCUUUGAAGACGCUUUCCCACCGGGCCUGGAGCCCGCCGAGGGAGUGGAUCCGGAUACUUACCAGCCGUACAAUCUAACACAGGCCGCUCUGAGGGAUACUGUUCAAGUCCCGAGUCGCGGGUAUGCAGUGCUUAGGUUCCGCGCUGAUAACCCUGGGGUUUGGCUGCUCCAUUGUCACAUCCUAUGGCAUUUUGCGACGGGCAUGGCGAUGCUGUUUGAUGUACAGGGUGACCUGUCUGGGGCUGUUGCACAUGAGCCUUCUUUGCUGUCUGCUAUUGAUGGUUCCUGUCCUGGCUCGUAG